GCACGCAUCAGCACAAACAAGUGAGGGAAAGAAAAAAAAAACUUGAGGGGCUCUGCCCGGAAAGUUAAUUAACAUUACAACACAGAAUAGACCCUGUUUCUUGGCUUAAAGGAUCCCACAUCAACCAGCAAAAUUUCGUCCAAAAGUAGACAAGAGGAUCGCCCUGCGCUGACAAGACUAGUCGGCAGGAAGCGACUGUUAGCAGCCGGGGUUCUAGGAGUCGUCAUGGUCUUAGUCUUGGUGAUUCUGAUCCCGGUUUUAGUCAACUCCGCCGGGACGUCCGCUCGCUAUGAAAUGCUCGGCACCUGCCGGAUGGUCUGUGAUCCCUAUGGGACUAAAUCUCCAGCCACCGCCACGGCAGAUACCGUCAGAGAUAACCGCCUCGUCCAGUCUCUGCCCACCUUCAUCCAAGGUCCGAAAGGAGAGCCGGGACGCUCGGGAAAGGCUGGCCCCCGGGGGCCUCCAGGGGAACCAGGACCACCUGGUCCUACGGGCCCGCCAGGACCGCAAGGAGAACCCGGGCGGCCCGGAUUACCUGGACCACCGGGGGCGAACGGCGCUACGGGGGCAAUCAGCGCGGCUACCUACAGCACAGUUCCCAAAAUAGCGUUCUACGCUGGCCUUAAGAAACAGCACGAGGGUUACGAGGUGCUGAAAUUCGAUGACGUGGUCACAAACCUGGGCAACCACUACGACCCCACCACAGGGAAAUUCACCUGCUCCAUCCCAGGGAUAUACUUCUUCAUCUACCACGUCCUGAUGCGAGGAGGGGACGGGACUAGCAUGUGGGCCGAUCUUUGUAAAAACAACCAGGUUCGGGCCAGCGCCAUCGCUCAGGACGCGGAUCAGAACUACGACUACGCCAGCAACAGCGUGGUUCUACACCUGGAGCCCGGGGACGAGAUCUACAUCAAACUGGACGGGGGCAAGGCCCACGGCGGGAACAAUAACAAGUAUAGCACCUUCUCCGGGUUCAUCAUUUACGCCGAUUAGCGGGGGUUCCCCCUCUUCC